UUUCAUAGGGAAGCAUACUCUUCUGGACCUAUUUUGAGAGAGAACAUUAGCAGUUUCCUUGCAUGUGUUGUUGGAUUUAUCAAUUUCUGCUCAUCAGAACAGAUACGGCUGGCACCGGACAAAUUUAUAUCUGUUUGCAAGAGGUUCAAAGAUCUAGUAAUACAGCAUCAGGUGCCCAUACAUGGGGUGGCUCCAUUGAGGACUGCUGUUCGCAAACUUCAAUCUUCAUAUGAGCAAUUGACUGCACUUCACUCUGAUUUCCUCUUCCUUUGUUUACUGUCAAAGUGCUACCAAGCAGGCACAAGUGUUUUGGAUGAUGAGGUGUUGGAGAUUGAUCAGCCCAGGGACUUCUUCCUGUUUUGUUACUAUGGGGGAAUGAUAAAUAUUGGGUUAAAGCGAUUUUCAAAAGCUUUGGAGUGUCUUCAUAAUGUUGUUACUGCACCAAUGUCAACGAUUAAUGCGAUAGCCAUAGAAGCAUACAAAAAAUAUAUUCUUGUUGCGCUUAUUCAUCUUGGGCAGAUUCCUUCGCUUCCAAAAUAUACUGCAUCAACUGUGCUAAGGAGUCUGAAAAGCUAUGCUCAGCCGUAUGUUGGUUUGGCUAGUUCGUAUGCAACAGGAAAAUUUUCAGAGCUAGAAGCAUUUAUCCAGACUAAUGUGGAGAAAUUCCAAACUGACAAUAAUCUUGGAUUGGUUAAACAAGUUCUUUCAUCUUUGUACAAGCGCAAUAUCCAGAGGUUGACUCAAACUUACCUAACUUUGUCACUUCAAGAUAUAGCCAAUGCGGUUCACCUAAACACCUCAAAAGAAGCUGAAAUGCGAGUGCUUCAAAUGAUUCAAGAUGGGGAUAUAUUUGCGACAAUAAAUCAGAAGGACGGUAUGGUCAGUUUUCAUGAGGAUCCAGAGCAAUACAAGACUUGUGAGAUGAUUGACCAAAUUGAUUCAUCAAUUCAAAGAUUGAUGGCCUUGUCAAAGAAAUUAACUGCAAUAGAUGAACACAUUUCUUGUGAUCCAGCCUACAUUACAAAGAUUGGGAGAGAAAGGCCUAGAUUAGACUUUGAUGACUUUGAUUCCGUCCCUCAUAAAUUCCUGUGAGGAUGAUUUGGGAUUGUUUAACUAUCUUAAGAAACAUGCUGGAUCGAAGGAGCCUCCCAUUGGGUAUGUUUCUUUUGUUGCAAAGAUCUUGAUAGUUUAUUAAUAGGCAUUACCACUCUUUGUUCUUGGCCUGAACUGCAAGCCAUUAUAUUGAUAUAAG